AUGGUGAGUCGAGCCGAAAAUAAGGGACCGAUUAGUGAGGAUGAAGCCGCGCUGGAGCUUCGCAGACUCCAAGAAGCUGUCAAACGCGCGGCCAUCUAUCACAGUGGCGAAGGAAAAUUUGAGAAAAGGACAGAUCUUUCGUAUAUCGUGCACGCCAGUCUACACGGCGUCCAAUUCGUGUUCAUAUCGGCCGCUGAAAUUUUUCAUCACGUGCAUCACUACAUAAAUGAACGCGCGCGAGAGAAGGACGACACGAUUGUGGCAUUGCCGGAGGAGAGAAAUCCCAUUUUCUUCCUGUACCCUCUUUACAUGCUGGUGAGCCUUUCUCUCGCAAUCCUCUGGGUCGUUACAAAAGUACUGGCCAACAGACCCGUGAUACCUUUAGCAGCAUGCGCGACGGGGGCUAUCCUGAUGCUAGUGACAGGGAUAAUGGAGAUGAAACACGCAGAUGUGUACAUCGAUAUCGCCGAGUUCACCGACGAGGAAUUAUUGGAGCAUCCUAUCUUCAUUCAUAAUUUUGUGAUGUGUAUAUUAUCGAUCUUCGUUAUGACUAUGUUUUUGCUCCAGACUUGGCUCCUUUUCGACUACUGGCAAUGGUUUCGAAAAGAACGAGAUCUUUCCACUACAACGAGUGACACGUCAAGUUUGAGUUCUAGCGUGGACACUGACGUAACUGAGAGUUCCAUGGUUGAAAAGAGGAUCGAUGAACGCGAGUUCAAAAGGCAGGUCGUAGAAUUGGCACCAAUUCCUACUUUCGAAGACUUGCCUACCCCAGUUGUGGUCACCGAUGACAUCGUAAGAAUGAUGACCACUGUCACCUCACAUGAUCCUAUCGGUAUCUUAGAACUUGAUGAGGAUGAAGAGCCAAUCCUUUAUUGCUGCUUCGUCGAUUGGUACAACUAUAUUAGAGUAAAAAUGGAAAGUAAACCGAAGCACGAAUUCCAAAUAGUUCACGUCAUGUGA